AUGAGCCGCACGGGAUCCGUUGGCUUUCAGUGGGGCAUCGCAGGGGGCACCACCAUCGGACUGCCGCCUGUGUACCACCAUGGCAGUGAAGAGCUGAAGCAGCGAGUCAUGCCUCCGUGCGUAAAGGGCGAGAAGGUCUGCUGCCUUGCCAUCACUGAGCCCACAGCUGGCAGCGAUGUGGCCAACUUGAAGAAGUGGAUCACAAACGGCAUCUUUGCCGACUACUUCACCGUGGCCUGCCGCACGGGAAAGCCUGGUGUGGGUGGCAUCAGCUUGCUUUUGGUAGAGAAGGACAUGCCUGGCGUGGAGACUCGCAAGAUGAAGUGCUCAGGCGCCUGGUCAUCCGGCACCACCUACAUCACCUUCGAUGAUGUCAAAGUGCCCAAGGGCAACCUGCUUGGCAAGGAGGGCAAGGGCUUCCAGUACAUGAUGCAGAACUUCAAUCACGAGCGCUUCGCCUUCUGCGCGAUGAGCACGCGCUUCGCGCGCGUAUGCCUCGAAGAGUCCCUGAAGUUUGCGGGCAAGCGCAAGACCUUCGGCAAGACGCUCAUCCAGCACCCCGUGAUUCGAUGGAAGGUCGCAGAGAUGGCCCGUCAAAUCGAGGCCACCCACAACUGGCUGGAGUGGAUCACCUUCCAGCUCGCAACUAUGCCCAAAAUUGAGGCCAUGCUGAAGCUUGGAGGACACACGGCCCUUUGCAAGGUCCAGUGCACCAAGGUCAUGGAGUACUGCGCAAGAGAGGCGGCUCAGAUCUUUGGAGGCCUGUCCUACUCCCGGGGAGGUCAGGGAGAGAAGGUCGAGAGGCUGAACCGAGAAGUUCGCGCCAUGGCCAUUCCGGGAGGCUCCGAGGAGAUCAUGCUGGACCUGGGCGUCAAGCAGUCCACAAAGCUAGCACAGAUGGCCAAGAUGUUCGCCGAAGCUGCACCCCAGCCGGCGGCCGCCAAGCUGUGA